AUGGAUAACCUCAGCUUGGGGUGGCUCGAGGAGGCCAACGACUCCCUCCAGAUGGAGCUUGGGUCCUGCACAACUCUGAGAAACCCGGCCUCCCGCAUUUUCCUGUACGCCUUCCUCUCUGUCGGCAUCCUCUGCACCGUGGUGGGAAACUUCCUGGUGGUCUUGGCCAUUGCUUACUUUAAGCAGCUGCAGUCUCCCACCAACUCCUUCGUCAUGUCCCUGGCGGUGGCCGACUGCCUCGUGGGCCUGGUGGUGAUGCCUUACAGUAUGAUCCGCACCGUGGAGGGAUGCUGGUACUUCGGCUCCCUUUUCUGCCGGCUCCACUCCAGCCUGGACGUCAUGCUCUGCACUGCGUCCAUUUUUCACCUCAGCUGCAUUGCUUACGAUCGCUACUACGCCGUCUGCAACCCCCUGCUUUAUUCCCUGAAGAUGUCCAACAGUCGAGUGGCUCUGCUCAUCGCCGUUUGUUGGGCGGUUCCCAUGUUUAUUUCAUUUGGCCCCAUCAUGCUCGAUCUUCACAUCGCCGGUGUCGACGUGCCGAUUCCUCAGGACCUUUGCGUCUUCCUGGUCAAUCGCGUCUACGCGGUCAUGGCCUCCCUGGUGGCCUUCUACCUGCCCAUGGCCAUCAUGCUCGUUGCCUACUGGAAGAUCUUCAAAGCUGCCAAGCGCCAGGCCAUGCAGAUCAGUGCCAUGGAGAGCCAGAUGGCGUCCGGAGUGGGAAAAGACUCCAGCAAGAAGAAAAAACACCGGAAUACAAUGAAGAGGGAAGGAAAGGCAGCAAAAACUUUAGGGAUCAUCAUGGGAGUUUUCCUUCUUUUCUGGAUGCCUUUUUUUACCGUCAACAUUGUGGACCCGUUCAUUGACUACAGCACGGAGGUGGUGGUCUGGGACGUUUUUCUGUGGUUAGGCUAUAUCAACUCAUCUCUAAACCCCUUCCUGUAUGGUUUCUUCAACCGUUCCUUUCGGAGAGCAUUCCUCAUGAUCAUGGGCUGCAGGGUUUGCCUUCCUGGAUCAUCUCCGGGGAUGGAUUUAUCACACACCAGGAAAGAGGCCGAUCACCCUUAA